CGAAAAAACCUCAGUGUACAUGUCAACUUUAUAACCUGAUUUAUUCUUAAUUCCACAACUUUUAUACAGAAACAACGGUCAAUUUUUUUAAUACACUCAUUUUUACACAUAUUAUUUAUCGCCGUCUUUUGAAAAAAAACUGUUUGAAAUUGUGAACAUGUUAUCAGAAUCUACAAUUUCUUCAUCAUCCUCAAGCGCUUUUAAUUCAGGCGCAGGUGCUUCUACAGCUCCUUCUCAGAACUCUACUGAUUCUCGAAAAGGUAAUGGUAAUCCUUUGACAGAACUUAUUGAAACCGAACAAACCUAUAUGGAAACUUUAAAAAUGAUUGACUCUCAAAUCGCUCCUAUUUGGAUGAAACAAAUGACUUCAGCAGCUCCUGAUUUCUCUGAACUGUUAAAAUACAUUCAGGAUAUAUUGAAAGCGAAUAAGCGUUUUUGUCUAAGACUUACAAAGAUUGCCGCUAAUCCACAAAUGAUCAAUGAUCUUGGAGAUGUACUUAUGCAAUGGGUCAAUGAUUUGGAAGUUCCCUACGCUAAUUAUUCUCGCAGUUAUAUCCCUAACCUUAAUUAUCGUACAGAUAUUCUUUGUAACCCAUCCAUUCAAGGUUUACUUCAUAAUUUAUCAGCCAAUGUGCCUUAUGAAAUCAAUUUGGAAACCCUUUUUGAUGCACCUAUCAAGCAACUUAAGUAUUACAAAGGACUAUAUAGUAGAUUAUUGGAGGGCACUGAUUCUAGAAGGGCUGAUCACAAACUAUUAUUGAAUGCGAACAAAAGAAUCGAUAUGAUAAUGGUUAUGGCAAACAAUAACACGCCAAACAAAGCUGCAGCCCGCACAGUUGACUCAAAUCUCCCACCAAUUCAGACCAAUUUUACUCCUGAGAAUGAUCUGACAACAUUCGAACGCCAGGUUGAUUGCUCAAGAACGGUCGAUCUUUAUGGAGGGACACAAAUUAAUUAUCAAUUGAGUAUAUCUAACCCAGGCUCUCAGCUCGUAAUGAGAGAUAGCUUUGUUAUUUUACCAACCGAUGACAAAGGACCUUCUAUUCGGGCACACCUCUUAUUGACCACAGAGGUCUUGGUAAUAUGUCGUGAAUUAUCUCCGUCGCAAUUCAUUCUGAUGUAUCCUGCUAUUUCAAUCGGUGAUAUCACUGUAAAAUCUGAUACAUUGGAUAGAGAACUCGUAGGAGAAUACAUUAUUAGACUUUCUGUAUUGGGUAAAAAACACAUUAUUAUACGUGCAGAGUCGAAAGAAAUUAGAAACACGUGGAUCGGUGUAGAUCAGGAUGCUUCAAGCUUAAAUACGACUACUCCUCGAACUUUGAGCGCUGCUGCUCAAAAAAAAAUGCUAUUAAAUGGCAUCGGUAGUAAUAAAUAUGCUGCCAUUGAUUUCAAGAUAAAUGCGAUUUCUGGUGCAGCUACACCUUCGAAAAGCUCCGACAAGCAUCUUCAUAACCCAAUCUUCAAACAACAAAAACCCAGAGAUACUAUUAUGGAUAUAUAUGACGAUCACUUCUAUGAUUCUGAUGAGGAUCCUACCUUCCCGUCACCGCCACCAUUAAAUCACGAAUUAACAACUAUUAGUCCCCAAUCUGUCAAGAUACUUCCGCAUGUCCCUAAUGUUCCACAGGCACAACAAAGUUUUAAUAACGGUCCAAUUCCGACUACAACCCCAAAUAAAGCUAUUCCAAACGUGAAAUCUGGUCUUCCUCCAAUUCCUCCUAAUAAACAGCAAACAUCUGUUAAUCAACCAGUUAAAGAUUCUUCACAUGUUCAAAUGACCUAUAUUCAACCACCUACCGCUCAGAUGUCCACUAUGUCGAUUUCGCCUCCUAUUCCAGCUCAUAAUGAAUCGUUAAAUAGCAAUUCUUCUUCUUUCACUUCUUUCCCUUUAUCCAAAAAUCCUUUACCAGCGUCCCCUGAUAGAUCCUUCGGACUCGGAAUGAAAAGCAAUAUGAAUGACAGUAAACCAUCCUCUCCAAGAGCAAUCGAAGUACAAAGAGCUGUUAUUCCAGAAGUUAUGCAAGCAGUUACUCAAAAAACAGAUGAAUACAUCUCUGAUAACAGAAUGCAAAUCCCAAGAACCUCCUCCAUCAGAGGUCCCAAUCCACCUGCUCACGGUAAUCAAGGACCUUCCCCAAGAUUACAAUCUCAACCUCAAUAUCAGCAAAGGCCACCUCAACAAACGAUGCAAAAUUAUCCAGCUCAGCCACGUUCCCCUAUGCAACAAAACCAACGUCCUAUGAUGAACCAACAACAACAUCAACAACAACAACAGAAUGGAUAUCAUAAUGGACAGCCUCGUCAGAUCCCACAACAGCAAAGACCACCUCAACAAUACAAUCAAAAUCGACCGAUGCAAUCCCCACCCCAGCAUUAUCAGCAACAACAACAACAUUUCAGGCCUAGCUCACCUGCUCAAUCCAUGUCCUACAACAAUCAAAGACCAAUUCCUUCUCCAUCGCACUCACCUAAUUUAUCGAGUAGCACCGCUAGAAGACCUCCUGGUGGUCAAUCUUUAUCCCCAAGAUUGCAGCAACCUCCCGGUAGGUUUGUUUCGCCAUCUCCUUCUUUAAGUAAUCUUCAAGCACAAAAUUCAGCAGAAGAUUUGAGCUCCCCUCCUCAUAGCCCAAAUCCAUAUAAUGCUGAAAACGAUAUUAGACAAAUUCUUUAUAGCAACAGCCAGUGUGAUGUAUUCCACUGGCACAACCAAACAUGGUAUGCAGCAGAGGGUCAGUGCUUACUCCAGGUUCGAGUAACACAUAGCAAUCGAUCUUGUGUAGCCGUUCAAUUACAGAACACUGGUGAACUUUAUUUGAAUGCGUGGAUUAUGCCUACAACUGUUAUUAGAACACCUUCACCUACAGAUGUAAGUAUAUCUGUCUACAUGGGAGCUAAGAAGGAAAACUACUUGAUUCAUUUUGAACACCCCAAUGAUGCAAAUGUUUUUGCACAAAUAUUGCAAAACGCUCACGCAGGUGCUAGUCAGCCUCAACCCAUUAUGUCACAAAUGCAACAUGAACCUGAGGAACGUGAACAAGAACCAAUAGACAAUGUUAAUGUGCCACAGACAUUAAAGCCAGUCAUGCAAUGCAAAGCUAAAUUGUUUAUUAAAAACGAAACAUCGAAUUGGAGUACGUUUGGUGGAGUGACAAUGCGUAUAUCUCAACAAGCCCCUAGCAUGAGAAUGUUAAUUCAGAUUGAAAACGAUAAAGCGAAAUUAGUUAGUGCAAUUGUGAAAAGUGGAAAUGUAGAAAAAAUUAGUUCCAAGCGAAUUUCUUUUCUAUUAGUUGAUGAUGCACAGAAAACUAGUAUUGUAUACAUGAUUCACCUUCGUGAAGAUCAAACUGGCAAUAAGAUUUAUGAAUAUCUUCGUACAAAAAAUGCUGAAAACGGCUGGUAGAAAAUCCUCUAAUUUUGUAUAACAUCAUUCCCUUUAUCAUUAUUUAUAACCCCAUACUCGCACCUUAACAUACUAGAUUAUCCGCUGUAUCUUUUUUUCCCUCUACUAUAUAUUUUCUCACUUAUUUUGGAUGAAAAAUAAAUCGAACAACUAUUUACGGU